GCAGUUUUAUUUUUAGAACCUUUUUGGAGGGUUUGGAGUUUGAUUUAUUUCAUGGCUGCUUCGUUUUUCCUGUGUUGAUAAUUUAGUAGUUAGGUUAGAUCGGUUUUAAUAGCCUGUUUUGGACUUCUAAGUAGACGCAGCAUUCGCUGCUGUGACGCGAGAUAUUGGGCCGCCAUCUUGAAGUGGUGAUGAGGAGCCGGCGAGCAGCCUAAACUGACAGUUGACAGCUCAUUGCUCCUGCCAAGUGAAUUGCGGAUCACCACUCCAAGAUGGCGGCCCCGCGUCUCGUCUGCGCCAGUAGGCAGUAGCGCUCGAUGCUGCGUACCCUUAUAAGAUGUCUAUGGUUUUGGACCCCUUCCCUUGUCGCUAUAAAGGACUACUCCCGGAACCCUGCGCCUGUGUUCACAGUCCAAUUCAGGUGAUCCAGCUCCGCCAGUCUCCAGCAGGUGUCCACCAUGGCGAGCUCGGCAAGCGGAUCUCUGGCGCUCUCUCUCUCCCUCGUCGUCAUUUCGAUGGCUUUUCUCCUGAAAGGAGCUGCUGAAACCGUCACAGUGGAAGGUCAGAACCUGGCAACCGACAACGUGACAGUGGUGGAGGGCGAGACGGCCACCAUCAGCUGCAGGGUGAAGAAUAACGACGAGUCGGUCAUCCAGCUGCUCAACCCCAACAGGCAGACCAUCUACUUCAGGGACGUCAGACCCCUAAAGGACAGUCGGUUCCAGCUGGUCAAUUUCUCUGACAACGAACUGCGGGUGUCUCUGUCCAACGUGUCACUCUCCGACGAGGGACGCUACGUCUGCCAGCUCUACACUGACCCACCUCAGGAGGCCUACGCAGACAUCACCGUCCUGGUGCCUCCAGGAAACCCAAUCAUCGAGAGCCGCGAGGACGUGGUCAGCGAGGGCAACGAGACGGAGCUCACCUGCACGGCUAUGGGCAGCAAGCCAGCUGCCUCCAUCAGAUGGAUGAAAGGAGAGAUAGAACUGAGAGGAGAAACAACAGUGGAAGAGACGUACGACAGGAUGUUUACUGUCACCAGCCGAGUACGAUUGUCUGUCAGUAAAGAGGACGACGGCGUGCCCGUGGAUUGCAUCAUUGACCAUCCGGCGGCCAAUGACCUGCUGGCACAAAGGAACUUGGAAGUGCUAUAUAAACCAGAAGUGAAGAUUGUGGUGACGUAUCCUGAAGGGUUAACUCGAGAAGGUGACAAUCUCGAUCUGACGUGCAUCGCAGAAGGAAAACCACAUCCUCACCAGAUCAACUGGCUGAGGGUGGACGAGGACGUGCCGCCUCACGCCGUGGUCACAGGCUCGGAUCUUUACAUCGAGAACCUCAACAAGUCCUUCAACGGCACGUAUCGCUGUGUGGCGUCCAACGCUGUGGGCGAGGCCUACGAUGACUACAUCCUCUACGUGUAUGAUGCUCCCACUACUAUCCCCACACCCACCACCAACCCAGUCAACACGCAAGACUCCCGAGCCGGCGAGGGCGCGCCACCCAAAAUCGACCAUGCCGUCAUCGGCGGGGUGGUUGCCGUAGUGAUGUUUGCCAUCCUCUGCGCACUCAUUGUUCUUGGUCGAUACUUUGCCAGACACAAAGGCACCUACUUCACGCACGAAGCCAAAGGAGCGGACGACGCCGCCGACGCCGACACGGCCAUCAUCAACGCCGAGGGUGGACACAACAACACAGAUGAGAAAAAGGAGUAUUACAUUUAAAAAUAAAAAGUGGAGCUAUUGGGUCUAACUUUGAUUAGGUUGAUUGUUAGGGGGAGGGGCCAGACUUAAUGAGGAUGACCUAGGACUGGCAUGGCCACAUGUUAAGAAGAGUCUCCUUUCUUAAACCCUUUCUGGACUGCUGGGGCCGAGAUAUUAUGUACAGUUUCUUUAUUUUACAGACAAUUUUGUGCCUUGUUCUAUUUCUUUUGUCCCCUAAACAUGCUUGUUGCUUUAGAUAUUUUACCAUGGACUGUUUUUGGGCAAGAUGAACGUGGCCUGUGUGUGUGUUUGCCAGCUUGGAGUUUGUCGCCGUGCACAAAUAUAACCCUCAUCAUUUUUUUUCGGGUUUUUUUUUGCGAGUCAUCUUAAAGGUUAACAACCUGGACACAGUGUCAACACAUUCAUAUCUAACGGGUCAGAGGCCAGCUCUUGCUGCAAUUUCAUAACACUUCCUGCUCAAACAUGUCUGCCAGGUGUCGCAGGUUUACAUGCUGACAAAAAGCCACUUUAUUAGGCACACCUUAUCACUGUCGGACAAAGGCAGUUACUUUACAUUAUCGCUGGAGACCUUUUAGAACCUGCUGGAUGCCCUACAAUAGUUUUUUUUUUCCAAUCUAAUGUAUGGUCAUCCCCUCGUUUAUCGCUGUUAAUUGGUUCCAAACACAACUGUGAUUAAUUUCCGCGAAGUACGAAUCAUUAAUCAAAUAUUUUCAUUGCUAGAGCAUAAAAAAUCAGUUUAACCUCUUAAGGCCCAAGCUGUUUGUUUACAUGCUUUUUUUUAUUUCUCUUUGCUAUUUGGGCUUAUUGGAACCUAAUUAGAAUAAAAACUAAAAAUCAUCUUUAAAUAUGAUGUACUUAGUCCAUAUGUACACAAAUGUGUACUUCAUGUGUAGUGACAUGCACAUUUUUAUUUUUACACUUUUUUUUCCAAAUUCCAUUGUAUGUUAUAAUCUUCUGACACCACCAGAUGGCAGUAUAAGUGUCCACAUAAGUGGCCAUAAGACCCCAAUUCAGUAGUGUACACAAUUUUGGAAAUAAGAGCUAAAAGGUGCUGUCCACACAUGUGGCCACUAAGGCCUUUAGAGGUUAAGAGACAUCUAGACAUAAAAUAACACCCUUUAAUCACCGUUACAGUCUUUUGAUCCAAUAUAGCAAUGCUGCCUGAGGCUGAGCCAAUCAGUGGCCAUGAUACUCAACCGCCUGCUCUGAUUGGUUUGCUCUCCUCUACUGUAGUAUUGAGAUUUUUUAGUUUAUUUAGCCAUGUGCAUCCUUGAAAAUGCUUCGUUUAGGACCAAAAAAAUGUAGGAUAUGCUUUAAAAAUAAGAAAAUUAAAAAACGGAGAAAUUUGAAGAGAAACAUCUCGCUUCAAUUUUCUCCGUUUUUUAAUUUUCUUAUUUACCAGGUGUACCUAAUAAAGUGGCCGGCGAGUCCGUUGUUUUGUUUUUUUAUUGAGUCGCCUGUACAGAUCUUAAGAAAACGGUUUACUCUCGGUAGCUUUGAGGUGAUUUUAGGUAUACUGUAUGUGUAAAGUGGCACUGCUGUGAUGCACCAUGAGUGCAAAUGUUCAGUAUUGAUCGUCAGUAGUUUGUCAAGUUGGACGUUUUGAAAUGAUCAUCGGAGAACGUUAGGCUUGCAAAAUGCACUAGAUUAACAUGUGGUCCAGAAUAAAACAACAUUCCAAUCUUGCUACUUUCAUCCAUCAAUCUUUCCUUCAUUUUUCAAGGCAGUGGUCCCAUAAUGUAAUUAUUCAUAGUUUCACCUGCCUGAUCAAAAAUACAAAUUGCUCCACUCUUAGGGGAGGUAUGUUGGUUUUUAGUGUAAAAAAACAUAAGUAUAUUUAGGUCUGUUUCCUGUUUGGUGCUAAACUUUGCCAAAUUCAUGUUCCUCCUAAUCAGAUUUUAAAAGGGGGAGGAUUUGUUCAUUCCAACAUGGUUAAAACUCCCACCGUGUCCUUUCUCAUUAAUAAUUGUGGAUUAUUGUAUGAUAUUUAUUACCCAAGAGAUGGACGGAUCAAAAGCAAAUAUUGUCUGAAGCUUUCCUGUCAGUCGACAGCAGAAUGAUUAGGUUGAGGGUCACAGAUGACUUGAAUAAAAAUAUACCCUGCGGUAGUCGCUCAUAAAAUCCUAUGAAAAUAUAUUAAAACAUGGAAUCCAUCACAUUUCAAACCACCCACAUGCUCUACCCAAUAUGAUAAUUGUGCGUGUGAGCAUUAAUAAAAAAAAAAGUCCACUUUGCACACUCACUCUGAAUAUUUGUCGCAGUGUGGAUGAACGUAUUGCUUCAUUUCCCAAAGCUGCAUGUUUGUGGUACGUCAAAUAUGGGACAAACAGACUCAAAAUAUAGACAGCAUUACUGGACUCGGCUCCACAUUGUUGCUACCAGAGGAAAAAGGCAUUGAAUCAGUGAAAAUGUGAAUUUCUUGACACGUUACCUUUAGGCUGUCUUUGAUUGAACUUGAAAGGCUGACUGCACCAUCAAGUUGUCAAGCGAUUUAAAAAAAAAAAAAAUCACAUUCUUGCUGUCGCCCAACCACCUCAAACCUUCACUUUAUGUUUCAGAACAUAAAGGCUGUCCCUGCUAGUUAUUACGACACUGAAAUAUAUAGGAUAACCACUGCCUUAAUGCCACCUCCUGGUACGUAUCACUAGUAAGGAAGGACGUAUGUAGUGCCUUCUUUCAUUCCGAGGCAUACGCUUGGUUGUACAGAAUCCUUAUGUACACUUCAAAGUAUAUCUUGUAUAUUUGUGUCCUCUUUCUUAAACACAAGGCAUCACCGUCGUCGCACCAUAAAACCUGUAUUAGCAUCAGCAGCUGCAGUGAUGUUGUACAAAAGCUUGGAUGAGCAGAGAUGUUGUAUUUAUUAUGUAUUAAAUUGAUGAUUCCAAAUGUUAAUUUGAUGAGUAAUUGUUAUUUAUUUGGAUAUCUUCUCGGGGAAGCGUGAUAGGCCUGAAUGAGGGAAGUACAGUGGAUAUAGAAAGUGAGCACACCCCUUUAAGGAUUAACAUGAUCUGAUGUAGGAUAAAUGAAUAUUACUUAUGUGAAUAGUUGAUAAAACCCCUAAUACUUUUGGAAGAUUUAACCAAUUUUUUUCUACAUAUUUUUAAUAAUUUCUAAAGGCUUACUGUAAAAACACGACCAGAAUCAUGCUUAUUUUCAUUUAUGCUCAAGUCUGCUGAGAGAUAUAGCUGAAGAAGAAUUGCAGCACAAAAUCAUAUUUGACAAUCAUUAAGACAAGCCUGGGAAAUUAUUUUGCCUCGGGGGCCAAAUUUAGAGAAAAAAAAUGUGUCCGGUAUCUAUUUUUAGGAACACUAAUACAAAAACUCUCAAUAAUGUUUGAUUGCAUGCUAAUAUCAUUAUGACAGACCGCCUUAAAAAAACGUUUUUUUACUGAAUGAGACACCCAGAAUGUACAUGAAAAUAAAGAAUGUGGGAUUUACAAUAUUAACUAUGAAGGAUAAAACACUGAAUAUUGACAACAUAUGAACGUCACACCCCUUCUCGAUUGACAUUGUUUACAAUCAAGCGAAACACAACAAAAAUGCAACAAAUAACGAAAUAUGAACGCGAAGGGUAAAAAAAAAAACCCACCUACUAUCUGAUAUAUGUGAUAUAUCACUAAGCUUUAGAACUUUGAUAUAAAAAAUCUCCUUCCGCGUCUGUCCCUGACACCCACAUUUCAGGCUCUGGAAACACUCUGUGGAAACGCUCCCCACCCACACUGCUUGGUGCCUCGUCUGAGCUGCUGUGAUUUACAUUACCAUAGUAACUAAUUAGAUGACCAUAGUGACUAAUUAGAUGACCAUAGUAACUAAUGAGAUGACCAUAGUAACUAAUGAGAUGACCAUAGUAACUAGUAUAUCAUGCAAAAGUGCAGAUUCCAAGCACGUAAAUAGUUAGUAUAGUUGAAGACUUACGGUCAUUAGAAAACAUGAGUGCACAUCAUAAUGGCAGCUACACUUUACAUCUUAAACAUCUAAAAAAAGUUAAUUGGGAAUGUCCGGCGGGCCAAAUUGAAAAGUUUAAUGGGCCUUAAUUUGUCUGCUGUAUGACAACCUGAAAGGGGCGGAGCAUGAAUGAUGCCGUCCAAUCGGAAACAUAUUGCAGUCUCUCCAGGAUUUCGAGGGGCUAUUUUGAGAUUGAUGCGGACAAAAGUUGCAAUGUGUUCAGGAUUUGUUUCUUAAUACUAUCAAAUUGUUGUGAUUUUAGGAUUUUAUCAAUGUUUUAGGUGUACCUAGUAACCUUGAUAUAAAAAAUGUAAAAAAAAGCACAGGAUUCAAACUAAAUUAGAAAACAAAUAUAUGUUUUUUUCUUGUUGCAAAUCACUUUGCAAAAUAUGUUCUAAACUGCCCUAGGUUGGAUAAAUAAAGAUUAAAUACAUGAAUGCACGUAAACUAGUAAGUAAAAGUGUUAUACUACAUUACCCAGAAGGCUUAGCACUAGAGAUGUCCGAUAAUAUCGGACUGCCGAUAUUAUCGGCUGAUAAAUGCUUUAAAAUGUAAUAUCGGAAAUUAUCGGUACCGGUUUUAAUCCUUUUUAAAACGCCGCUGUGUACACGGACGUAGGGAGAAGUACAGAGCGCCAAUAAACCUUAAAGGCACUGCCUCUGCGUGCCGGCCCAAUCACAUAAUAUCUACGGCUUUUCACACACACAAGCGAAUGCAAGGCAUACUUGGUCAACAGCCAUACAGGUCACACUGAGGGUGGCCGUAUAAACAACUUUAACACUGUUACAAAUAUGCGCCACACUGUGAACCCACACCAAACAAGAAUGACAAACACAUUUCGGGAGAACAUCCGCACCGUAACACAACAGAACCAAUACCCAGAACCCUUUGCAGCACUAACUCUUCCGGGACGCUACAAUAUACACCCCCCGCUACCACCUACCCCCCCACCUCAACCCCGCCCACCUCAACCUCCUCAUGCUCUCUCAGGGAGAGCAUGUCCCAAAUUCCAAGCUGCUGUUUUGAGGCAUGGUGAAAAAAAUAAUGCACUUUGUGACUUCAAUAAUAAAUAUGGCAGUGCCAUGUUGGCAUUUUUUUUCCAUAACAUGAGUUGAUUUAUUUUGUAAAACCUUGUUACAUUGUUUAAUGCAUCCAGCGGGGCAUCACAACAAAAUUAGGCAUAAUAAUGUGUUAAUUUCUACGACUGUAUAUAUCGGUAUCGCUUGAUAUCGGAAUCAGUAUUUAAGAGUUGGACAAUAUCGGAAUAUCGGCAAAAAAGCCAAUAUCGGACAUCUCUACUUAGCACUGUAGACAGGCUCUGGAAGUAGGUCUGCACUAUAUUGUUACACGUUGCUGGGCCUGCUUCAUCUUCACAAGGAACAGACAUAAAAUUACACUCAUUGGCCAAAAUGGGUGGGGAAGUUGCGGGCAUCGGGCAAAGUUGUGAGUCCACGCAUAAUUCGUGGAGAUCGGUUGAAUUUGCGGGAAUUGGCGCAUUCGCAACGUUGCAAAAUUCUACAGGGACUUUUGUUGUUGUUGUGCUUUUGUAAGGAUAAGUGGUCAGAUAUUGCUAAUAGACAGACUCCACCUUUGAAAAAAGUUUAUGCUUUCUUCAAAAAUAAAAUUAUAUAUACAGUAAAUAUAAAAUACACAUAAUUUGCGUGCCAAAGUAUAUUUUUAAAUUGCAAUUUUUUUUUUUAGGUGUUCAUAAUAUUCCAAAUUUCCCCUCUUAAUGACUUUUUCAAAUGAAUGAAAAGUGCAGGAUGUAGGUUAUAUCAUGACAUAUUCAACUGACCUCCAUGCCUCCAUGGGUUUAUUGGUGCGACCUGUCCAGGAGGCAGUCACCUGGGAUAGGCUCCAGCUCGCCCGUAGUCCUCAACUGGAAAAGCAGUAAAAAAAAUGAAUGAAUGGAUUUGUUGUGGCCUGAAUUUUUUUGCAUCAUUCCACUAUUUCAAUAGGUAUGUGUUCAUUUUCUCUAUCCACUGCCAACAUGAUUUCAAAAAACUACAAUUUAAGUCAAUUUUUUUCUGGAUUUGAGAUUUUUGGUGUCAUGGAAAAAGUCAUCAGGCAUGUUUUCCCCCUUGCUUUUUUUUUUUUUAAAGGGAUGACUUCUCCAUGUAAUAACCACAUUGCCCGAAUCCUAUUUGGUUUGUCUUUUUUUUUUUUUACUACUUGAUGUUUAUUAGUAUAUUUGUGUUUACUCUCUCAGGUUCAUGAGUGUUAAUAGUUGUGUUUUUGCAUCUCAGGUAGAUUGCAAAUGUAAACGGCCCCGAGUAUUUACUGUACUUGUAGUACCGCAGCUAUUCAAACCAGUGAUGAACUUUCAAGAUGUACAUGUAUUUCUCAGCUGUGUGUGUUCUUGAUUAAUAUGGUGCACUGUCACAGUAAAUAUGAUUUUGCAUAGACCUAGAUCACAAAGAAAGAACUAGAUUUGUUAAGCGGACAAAACACCACGUGUACAGUCAGUGUUUAUAAAAGUUCCUUGCUCAUCCGGUAACGUUUAUUUGGUCAAAUGUUUGCAUUGAGCCUCGCGUACAUCAUCAUAGACAAACAGAAAAAAAAGAUUGUGUAUUUACUGUGACAUGGAGUACAAUCUGUAACAAGUCUUGGAUAUUUGAAUGAGGAGCCCGAGGGAAAGGUUCGGGGGAGGGUAAAUCUUCAAAGAUUCUUCCUUGACCAAGGUGGCUAUUUUCUUUUGUGCAGUGAACAAAUUGUUUCUGUUAUGGCCAUGCAUAUUUUGUAUUGGUUGGCAAACAUUUUUACAAAUGGAAAAAAAACAAAAACUGAAGAGUACUUGUCUUAAUAAAAUAUGUUCAA